AUGGCGGACUCAACAACUCAUCCGGUGGGUAACAACCCCUUCAUGAAACGGGCGUACGCUCUCUCGAGCGCGGCCCAGGCGCGCGAUCUGUACGACGAGUGGGCGGCGGAAUACGACAAGGACCUCGAGGCGGAGGCAUACGCCGCCCCCAAGCUCGCCACGCAGGCACUCGUCGAUGCGCUCGACGGCGAAAGAAGCCACGGCUACGGUCACGCUCACGGUCCCGGUAGUCGCCGGAAUGAACGGGACCAGCAGCUCGCAGGGCUCCAGAUCCUGGACGCAGGCUGCGGCACGGGCCUGGUCGGGCUACAGCUGGCACGCUUCGGCGCGCAGGGCGUCACAGGCCUGGACAUCAGCCCGGGCAUGCUUUCUGUUGCGCACCGCACAAAUGUCUACGGCGCGCUCGAGCAGGCCGAUUUGUCAAACCCGAUCGCGAAGCCAGACGAAUCCUUUGACGCGGUUAUCUGCGUCGGCACGCUGACGCGCGGACACGUGGGGCCGCAGGUCGUGCAGGAAUUUGUGCGCCUCGUGAGACGCCGCCGAGGCCUCGUCGUCGCUACCGUGCUCGACGAUAUCUUCGAGAGCGCCGGGUUCGGCGCAGAGGUCAAGCGCCUGCGGACUGCCGAUGCCGACAACAAUGCCAAAAUCGAGGUCUUGCGCUCAGAUGUGGUCGGGUUGAGAUCGUCGACUAAUGUCGGCGGAAGGCUGCUCGUGCUUCGAAGGUUGUGA